CCUCCCAGCUGCCCCUGUCACUCUGCCCUGUCCCUCCCUCUCUAUCAAGAACAGCAGAUAUGGCAUCUCAGAGGGUGACUCUUCUCACAGUUGCACUGUGGCUGUCUUUCCCCCUAUGCUUCUGCGAUCAGAAUGUUGUGGCUUCUGUGGGGGUGCUUUUUGUGCAUGAGCUGGACACUAAGCAAUUCCAACAAAGUUUUCCCUCAGCUCAGAAUAAUUAUGAUGUUAAUCGCAUUGACCCAAUCACAUUUCGGGCAAAUUUAGACGGCUUCCCGGACCUGCCCGCAUGGCUGCGUUAUACUCAGCGCUCUCCAUGGCACGCAGCUUAUCUCUAUGGUUCCCCUACUCAGCCUGGCAGGCAGGUUAUAGAGGUGACAGCCUACAAUAGAUACACAUUUGAGACAGUGAGGGAGAGGAUUAUCUUCAAUGUUCGGAUUGGAACAGAUUCGCAGCUUCCAUAUCAGGCAGAACUACUGAUCCUGGAUUGGGACGUGGAAGAGCUCUUACCCUCCAAAGCUCAGUUUGAUGUCAAGGCACCUCUGCAGGACGAGUGGGGUUCCCAGACACUGACUGUCAUUAAUAUCACAUCAGCGCUGGAUAAAGGGGGUCGAGUGCCACUUCCAUUGCCCGGCCACAAAGAAGGGGUAUACAUUAAGGUGGGUUCCGAUGUCCCUUUUCCACAGUGCUUGCUUUAUUCCCAGAGCCCCCGGAUAAGGCAAUUUUGCAAGGAGGGACAGAGGCCGCUGGUCCUAUGCAACAGUCGCCUGAGAGACUUUCAGAUAGACUGGUGCAAUGUCAGCCUGACAGAUGGCUUUGGAACGCCGAUCCCUGUGCGCCCAGAACCUGGUUCUGGAAUUUUGAAGGGGGAAGGUGAAUUUAACCCCCCAUCAGAGACCUUGGAAGAAAAGUACUACCUCCCAGAUUAUCUGCUCACUCUUCUGCUUCCCAGUUUACUGGCUCUGCUGCUGUUUUUGCUGCUCUGCUACAUCAUGUGCUGCCGCAGGGAAGGAGUGGAGAAGAGAGAUCAAGUCACUUCUGACAUCCAGCUUGUUCACCAUCAGACAGUCUUCUCCAACACAGAAGAGCUGCGCCACAUGGCCUCCAACAGGGAUGUUCCCAGGCCUCUUUCUACUCUGCCCAUGUUUAAUGUGCGCACUGGACAAAGAGCGCCCCCCAUGCAGCUCUCAGAGGAUAGCGCUCAUGUUCCCCUUAUCCUAUCUCAGCAGUGAGUCUUACUGAUUCUUCCACUGAUUGGCUGGGGCAAAGCAUGUACUGGGAUAGGAGGACUCACCUGGAUCAGUACUGAGCAAUAGUAGAAUCUUCUUUUUGUUUUAUUAUUGGUGAAUUAAAGGGGAACCUUUGUGUUACUUGC